UUUGUAUCCUCUCACCUCUCCGUGUCUCUGUCCCCAGUACAUGUCGGGAUUCGGCAACGAGUUUGCCUCGGAGGAUCCGCGCUGCCCAGGUGCCUUACCUGACGGACAGAAUAAUCCCCAGGUCUGUCCGUACGGUCUGUACGCCGAGCAGCUCUCGGGCUCCGCCUUUACCUGUCCCAGGAGCUCCAAUAAGAGAAGCUGGCUGUACCGUAUCCUUCCUUCCGUCCGCCACAAACCCUUCCAGCCGUACCAGCAGAACAACCUGACUCACAACUGGGAUGAAGUGGAACCGGAUCCCAAUCAGCUGAGGUGGAAGCCAUUCGUGAUAGAGGAGAAGAAGCCGGACUUCGUGGAUGGGCUGUACACACUGUGCGGAGCCGGCGAUGUCAAGUCACGCAAUGGAAUCGCCAUCCACAUCUACACAUGUAACACCUCCAUGAUCAACAGGUGUUUAUAUAACUCUGACGGCGACUUUCUCAUCGUUCCUCAGCAGGGGAAGAUCCUCGUCCUCACCGAAUUUGGGAAGAUUUUGGUGGAGCCCAAUGAUAUCUGCGUUAUUCAGCAAGGCAUGCGCUUCAGUGUGGAGGUCUUCGGAGACUCCAGGGGUUACGUCCUUGAGGUGUUCGGCGUCCACUUUGAGCUCCCUGAUCUGGGGCCAAUCGGGGCCAACGGACUGGCCAACCCCAGAGACUUCCUGACCCCCGUGGCCUGGUUCGAAGACCGGACUGUGGAAGGCGGCUACACGGUAAUCGGCAAGUACCAGGGAAGACUCUUCUCCUCCCUGCAGGACUUUUCACCGUUUAACGUGGCGGCGUGGCACGGGAACUACGCUCCCUACAAGUACGACCUGGAGACCUUCAUGGUGAUAAACUGCGUGGCGUUCGAUCAUGCGGACCCGUCCAUCUUCACCGUGCUGACAGCCAAGUCCCUGAGGCCCGGCGUGGCCAUUGCGGAUUUCGUCAUCUUUCCUCCACGCUGGGGGGUGGCGAACCGCACCUUCCGCCCCCCCUAUUAUCACAGGAACUGCAUGAGCGAGUUUAUGGGGCUGAUUAAGGGCCGCUACGAGGCCAAGGAGGACGGCUUCCAGCCCGGCGGGGGCAGCCUGCACAGCGCCAUGACGCCCCACGGGCCCGACGCCGAGUGCUUCGAGAAGGCCAGCAACGCCAAGCUGGAGCCCGAGCGCGUGGCCGAAGGGACGAUGGCGUUCAUGUUCGAGUCCUCGCUGAGCAUGGCCGUCACCCGCUGGGGGCUGGAGACCUGCAACCGCCUGGACAAGGAGUAUUACCGCUGCUGGGAGCCCCUGCGCAGCCACUUCAAACCCCCUCCCCCGAGCAAGAAGUGACCCCGCCCCCGAGGAAUAC